AUGUUUAUAACAAAUAAAAAGAUAUUUUUCUUAAUUUUCUUUUUAAUUCAACAAUAUUUUAUUUUUUGUUUAAAAACCGAAAUAAUAUUUCAUAUAAAUAAUGUACCAUCAUUAUUUCGUUGUGAAAAAAAUGGACUAUUAUUUUAUUUCAAUCAUUUUCCAAAUGAUAAUCUAUUUCAUCAAACAUUAGUAGAAAAUGAUCCUUCGUGUGAUUUAUUAUUAUCAUCAAUAGAUCAACGUGCUAUUAUUGAAAUUGAUAAAUUAGAUUUAUUAUGUGAAAUAUUGAAUAAAAAAAAACAUGCAAAUGAAUUUCUUUUAUUUUCAUCUAAAUGUUCAAAAGAUUUAUGUAGAAAAUUUAUACCAACAACAGCUACAAUUAUUACUGAAUAUAAAACAGGAGAUAGAAAUAUCGAAAAAAUAAAUAUAAUUUUUCGUGAUAAUAAUCAUUCAAGUCAAUUAAUGAUUGGUCAUUUAACAGAGGAUAAAUAUUUAGUUGAAGAAUUUGAGAAAAUAAAUCCGAAAGGAACUCGUAUAUUAUUAAGAAAAUUGGAAGAUAAUCAAAAUAAUUCUUUAUUAUCAUCAGAUAAAACAUUGACUAAUGAUUUAUCAAAAAUGUCUACAUUUAUGUUAUUAUUUUUGAUUUUAUUCAUAAUUAUCUGUGGAAUUUGUUUUUAUAAUAAAAAGAAAACGAACAAUAAAUUAAUCAAUAAUCGAUCAUCAGAAGAAUCACAAUAUUCUCCAGAAAUAUUAGAUGAAACUUCCAUUGAAUAA